CGUACCGGGAGCGGGCUGUGCCCUCCGUUGGGAGUUGUGUGUCUCCGGUGCUGCCGGUGCCAGGCUCGGGAAUCGCCAGUCCCGGUCCCGGAUUUUUUUGGGAAGCCAGGAGCGGUGGAGCCCAGCAUGGCAGACCAGAAGCGUCUGGCCUUCUCCAUCAUCCAGUUCCUGCACACCCAGCUCCAGAACGGGAGCAUGUCCCCAGAUGCUCAGGAGAGUUUGGAAGUGGCCAUCCAGUGCCUGGAAACAGCAUUUGGGGUCUCCAUGGAAGACCAAAGCCUGGCUGUGUCCCAGACCCUCCCCGAAAUAUUUGAAGCCGUGGCAGGGAAGGAGCUGGAACACUCCAGGACGAACUCGGAGCCCGUCACCCCCUCAGAAGAUGACGUGGCUGAAGCUGAAAGACUCAAGACUGAAGGAAAUGACCAAAUGAAGGCAGAAAACUUCGAGGCUGCCGUGUCUUUUUAUGGAAAAGCCAUCGAGUUAAACCCAGCCAACGCCGUUUAUUUCUGCAACAGAGCUGCUGCCUACAGCAAGCUGGGGAAUUACGCGGGAGCCGUGCGGGACUGCGAGCGAGCCAUCGGCAUCGACCCCAGCUACAGCAAAGCCUACGGCAGGAUGGGCUUGGCCCUGUCCAGCUUAAACAAACACACAGAAGCCGUUGUUUACUACAAAAAAGCUCUGGAGUUGGAUCCGGACAAUGAAACGUACAAAUCCAACCUCAAAAUAGCUGAACAGAAAAUGAAGGAGACUCCCAGUCCAACCAGCGGCCCCGGAGGCUUUGACUUGGCCGGAUUGCUGAACAACCCCGGCUUCAUGAGCAUGGCCUCAAACCUCAUGAACAACCCCCAAGUACAACAGCUAAUGUCGGGGAUGAUCUCGGGAGGCCACAACGCCAUGGGAGCGACCGGGAGCAGCCCCUCCACCAACGACCUGGCCAGCCUGAUCCAGGCGGGCCAGCAGUUUGCCCAGCAGAUGCAGCAGCAGAACCCUGAGCUCAUUGAGCAGCUGCGCAGCCAAAUCCGCAGCCGGACCCCGAGCGCCAGCAACGAGGAGCAGCAGGAGUGAGCCCCUGGAAAUUCCAGAAUUUGCUUUUCCAGCUGGGAGCCACCUCCGUGUUGCCAAUUCUUGACUUGGAAGUGUCCAAGAGGGGGAAAAAACCCAAAACUCCAACGGAUAAAAUCCACAAAAAUUCCCAAAUCUUCCCCUGCCCUGCAUGUCCCUGAGAAUUCCCAUUUCCCUCCCUUUUUCCCCUUUUUUUCCCUUUUUUUCCCCCUUUUUCCUCUUUUCAGGUUUAUUUUUUGGGUUUUUUUUUCCUGGCAGCCCCAGCAGAGCUGAACUCAGAAUUCUGUUGGGAAAUUCCCAAAUCCCUGCAGGAUUUGCUGCCUGGGGGGGGUCUUAUUCCCAAUUUUUUUAUUUUAUUUUAUUUUUUGGAGCAUUUCCAAGUGAAUAAUUCUCUUUUUUUUGCCCCAAUUUUCCCCUCGGGAGCCACUUCCAAGAAGUGUUUGAGUCCCUGCUCAUCCCCACUCUGGAAUUCCUGGGAUUCUCCAUCUCUGGAAAUGAAGAUUUUGCUCCAAAUCUGGGAUUUUUUGGGAAUUUUGCUGCUUCCCCCUCUCCAGGAUCCACGGGGGAGUCAGGACUGAACCUCCCCCAGGCAUUUUUGGGGUUUUUUCCCAGUCCCAAAAAAUCCUGGAAAAAUCUCAUUUGAGUGUUCAGCAACUCUGGCAAAAAAUGGGGAUUUCUCCCUUGGAAUGUGAGCAGGGAGGGAGUGAAGGUGUUUUUAGUGUGUUUAAAGGAGUUUUUUCUGAAUUAUUUUGAUUUUUUUUUUUAAUUGCAUGUCAGUGAUCAGCCUGGCUGGGCUGGGGGUGGAAUGAAUCCAAAAUCCCCCUUUGGAUCCAAAAUCCAGGAUUUGGGCAGGGAGAAGCUCCUGGAGCCACCUCAAAUCCCAGCUGGGGGAAACCAGAGGGAAUUUUUUAAAAAUCCAGAAUGGAUUUAAAUCCAAUUUUUUUGGCUCCUGGGGGAGGAGGAGCCCCUCUGGAACGUUGGGGAGACGGAAAAAAUCAUGGAAAAAAGUGAUUUUUUUUGGUCAAGGCUCCGUGGAAUUCAUGUGGUUCGUGUCACUCGUGAGGAAUAAAAACCAUUUGGACCCUUUGGUUGUUA